AAAAACAAACAACUCUCGGCAACUUUCGAAGCAUUUAAACUUAAUUUUCGACAGAAUGGAAGACUCCCGAUGCAGAAUUUGUCUCCAAAAUAACAAAAUUCGCUUGAAACUUGACGACACACUUGAAGAACGACACAUUUGGGAGCUGAUAAACACGAUUGCUGAUGUCAAAGUUGCUGUCGGAGACUCGUUCCCGCAAUGGAUUUGUCUUGAAUGCUCUCGAUUGUUAUCACAAAGCUUUAAAUUCAAACAAGAAGUUGAAAAAAGUGAUAAAAUCUUUCAUAAUAACGAGUUUGAAUACGUAACAGUCCUGAAAACCGAAAAUGAAGAAGAAUUUGCCGCAGUUGAAGCUUCAGAAGACCUGACAAACAUUUUAGAGCCCACAGUGAUCAUCAAAUCAAAACGCGGGCGUGCUAUUAAGAAACGUACUUACCAAGAAGAAGAUGUCGAAGACCGAAAUUCAUUAGAAAAUGCUCAAAACGAAGUCAAAAUUGAAGAAUCUGAAGAAUCUGACACCGUUGAAGAUGUUCCAAAAACUCGAAAGCGCAAAUCAAAAGUCACCGAGUUUCGUUGUUGCAUGUGUCAAAGCAAAUUUUCCGAUGAAAAUUUAUUAACAUCUCACGUCGAAGCUCAACACAUCGAAGAAAUCCAGUCAAAUUUGUCAAAAAAAUUCAUAACUCGUCAGAUUUACGAAUGUCCUUAUUGUCACUUGAAAUUCCGUUCUCGCAAAUAUCUCAACAUGCAUUUUGACGAUCCGCAUUACAAAGAACCUCCCCGAAAACGCAUUUACAAGCCAAAAAGACAAAAAUCCACACAGAACAUCGUUUGCACUUAUUGCGGCAAAAUCUCUGCCGACAUCUACGAGUCACGAAUUCACGAGUUGCGCGUUCAUGCGGAAGACUGCCCGAUCGAAUGUGAAUUUCCGGGAUGCAAUAAACGAUUUGCCGCGAAAAUUAUCAUGAAAAAGCACCUUAGAAUACAUGCAGAGAAAAAGUUUGUUUGUGAUAUUUGUGGAAAAGCAUUCCAGCGGGAAAAGUAUCUGUUGAAACACGAAUUUGUGCAUCGCGAUGAGAAGCCGCUCAGUUGUGAGUUUUGUACGAAGGGUUUUAUUCAUCAAAAUGCCCUCAAAGCUCAUUUGGAGUUUCAUUUGACGGAAAAGGUGUGGAAUUGUGAUCAAUGCGAAAAAACGUACAAAUGGAAGGAGGACUUGCAGAAACACGUGAGGGGUGUUCAUUUGGGCGAUCAUCCAUACAAAUGUAAAUUUUGCAACAAGGGAUACUUUUGCAGCUCAAGUCGAAAAUAUCAUCAAGAUCGAUGUCAGCAGAGUUCAACAAAUGACCAACAGCAAAUGGUUGAUAUGAAAGAUGUGUGA